UCGAAUUGAUUUCCAAUAGUUGAAGAUUGCAAGACUAGCGUACAUUAGCAGUGACAGCUGCCGCUAAUCAGCGCAAACGGAAACCCUCAUUAAAGCACGUAACAGUAUAAGUGAUGAAAAUGGUCUUCUUACAACUCGGUCAAUCUUUAAUUCAGCGAGACGGUGACCGAGUUUAUGUCAUAGCUGAAAUUGGACAAAAUCAUCAGGGAAGUUUAGAAGUUGCAAAACGUAUGAUCGUGGAAGCAUGGGAAGCUGGUUGUGAUUGCGUUAAAUUCCAAAAAUCCUGCCUGAGUGCAAAAUUCACAAAAUCUGCACUUCAACGUAAAUAUGACGGUCCUAAUUCUUGGGGCAAGACCUAUGGCGAGCAUAAAGCUUUCUUAGAAUUUUCAAUGGAACAGUAUAAAGAUAUUCAAGAGUUUUGCAAAACUCUUGGAAUUGAUUUUACCGCCUCAGCAAUGGACGUGGUUUCCCUGCAUCAGAUGGAUUCAAUGAAUGUGCCAUUCAUAAAAAUUGGUUCUGGAGAUGCGAACAACUUCCCACUUUUGAAACAAGCUGCCGCCCUGCAAACGCCUCUUGUCAUCUCUACGGGUAUGCAAACCUUUGAGACAGUUGACAGAAUAGUGCAGAUUAUGGAGAGUGCCAACAAGAGAAAUUUUGCCCUCAUGCAUUGUGUUUCCUCAUAUCCAACAGAACCCCAAAAUUGUGAAUUGCCUAGAAUUUUGUGGUUGAAAGAGAAAUAUCCCAACAUAGUUAUUGGCUAUUCAGGUCACGAAAUGGGUAUUGAAAUAUCAACAGCUGCCGUUUUGCUGGGGGCGCGAAUUGUAGAAAGACAUUUCACCUUAGAUAGAAAUCAGAAGGGUUCCGACCAUAAAUGUUCAUUAGAGCCCUUGCAAAUGAAAAAUCUCGUAUGUGGAAUCAAAAGUUUAAAACAUACAUUGAAUUCUUCCACAUCGCUAACAAUAACGGAGAUAAUAUCCUUGCUAGAUGAAUCUGCGGACGUUCGAAACGCUUUAAAAUGCUCUACCAUCGAGAAAAUUAUGAUGCCUUGUGAAAUGAACUGUCGCGAUAAACUAGGGAAAACAUUGGUGGCAGCUAAAGAUUUGCCUAAAGGUCACAUAAUCAGUCCCGCCGAUUUGUGUGUUAAAGUUAGUGAACCGAAUGGAAUAUCGGCUGAAUAUAUAGAUGAUGUUGUUGGACUACAGCUGACGCAAAGUGUAAGCGUCGAUGAACCAUUAUUUUGGGACCAUAUGAACAAUGAAAUGUAAUUAAGCACCUUUUAUCUGCAUGCGGAAUAUUCAAUUAGUUGGUGGUUAUACUUUAAGGAACGUUUUAUUGUGUAUAUUACUAAAAUUCGAUAAUAAAAUAAUUUAUAUUUUUUA